CUCCUCGAUCACCACUUCUUCUGGUUCACCUCCAUGGGACGCUCUGGCGAACGGGAGGAAGAAGGAGUCGAGGAUGAGCUUCACGAUCGCCUCGUCUCCAACGGGCCAGAGGCUGGAGGUUCGGAAACCGGCGAGCUCCGCCCUGUCGUCUGCCCGAUCCACUCCAAUUUCGCCGCACUGAGCUCCGGUGACGUCCUCCGUUGUAUCCUUGAGCGCCUUCCCCUCGCUGACCUUGCGCGAGCCGCCUGUGUCUGCCGGAUUUGGCGUGUUGUAGCCUCCGAUCAAGAAAUUGUAAGCCGGUCUUUCCGAUCACCCUGGAAGCUGAAGGAGAUUGUCGGGAGCCCGUCCUCUACCGCCUUCUGGCGGGACAAUCGGCUAGACCGAUUCGCGAUCUCGCACCGCAUCCAGCGCGGGGACACAGUCGCCAGCCUCGCCGUGAAGUAUGGGGUUCAGGUGAUGGAAAUCAAACGUCUGAACAAUAUGAUAAGUGACCAUGGCAUAUACUCGAGGGAAAGGCUUCUGAUCCCUAUAGGUGAUUCAGAAGUACUUCGUGAUGAGACCUGCUAUAUAGAGUUGGAUAACAGUGCCAAAAGGGAGGUUGCAGUUUUAUACCUGGAAGAUGUUCCAGAAAAAAAAGGCAACAAUAUGGCUCCUAGAAGCUUGACAGAUAGUGGAAAGAAAAAGAUAGUUGACUCGAUGAAGAGAAGUCUACAAGCAGAUGAUGGAACCGUUAAGUACUACUUAUCUAUUUCUAAUGGUGAUCCCAGGGCUGCAUUUUCACUAUAUUCAGAGGAUCUUACAUGGGAGGGUCAGUUUCCUGGAGAAGGGUUUCCUUAGUCAGAGACAGGAUUUGGUGGUUGUGCAUACAGCCAGUUUCGGUGUCAGGUGACUUGAACUUUGUCUUUCAAAUGCCCACAUGGUCUUGCCUCUGCAAGUUUGCUAGUUUCACCUGACAAUAGUCCUUGUGGAAGAUAUGUACAAAAUCCAUGUGUCCACGUGAAACUUUUUUUUCGUGGUGUAAUUGUUCCUACAACAAGAACCUGAUGGUUUUCUGUUCAUGGAAAAAGAAAAGAACUUUAUGCUUUUUCUC